AGCGCGCAAACCAAAGAAGCGCACAUGAAGAGGGCGCGUGGCGUCCUGACGCCUCUCCUGAAGGGCAGCAGAGCAGUGAUGCCGGAGCCGUCUAUAUAAGAGCUUCCAGGAUGCCAAAUAUCGGUCAUUCACGCGUUUGCUGCUAGCGCUUUCCAAGACAUUGCCUGUGCCCGCACCGUGCAUCGUGCGCACCGCCAAUACUCCGCUCUCACGCGUAGCUCUACACACGCUUUCCAACAGCUCAACUCAACAUUUCUCGCGGAUUUAUUUACCUUCCCACCGUGCUGCAAUAUGCACAUCAGCCAAUAAGGAUUUCAACACAAAAACUUUGUGAAAGAAGAGUCCCAGGACGCACAGGAUGCUCCGCAGCGCAGUCAGCGAGUUGAACGCAGACUAGUGAGCGCGCGCUGUUCAGGAGGGACUCCACGUGAAGUUGGGAGUGUGAGAAACAGAACAGAAACAGGAUUUUUCCCUCGGUUAGUGUGGCCUACACGCUGGGUUUAGACAAUGGAUACUUUAAGUCUGUCAGUGAACGCUGUGUCCUACACUGCAGCGGCUGAACUCUUCCCUCCUGAUGACCCGUUUAAAGGACCCAUCAAGAGCAUCGCGCCGUGGAACUUCACUUUCCUGGCUGUGUUCAUGUUCUUCGUCACCUCCGUGUCUCUGAGCGAAAACUUCCUCGUCAUGUUUGUCACUUUCAAGUACAAACAACUCCGACAGCCCCUGAACUAUAUUAUAGUUAAUUUGGCAAUCGCUGAUUUUUUGGUCUCCCUCACAGGUGGAGUAAUAAGUUUCCUGACAAACUCCAGGGGUUAUUUCUUUCUUGGGAGGUGGGCUUGCGUCUUGGAGGGAUUUGCUGUCACUUUUUUCGGGAUUGUGGCCAUGUGGUCCCUCUCUGUUCUGUCCUUCGAACGAUUCUUCGUGGUCUGCCGGCCUUUGGGAAACAUCCGACUGCAAACGAAGCAUGCGGUCCUGGGUCUGGUGUUCGUCUGGACCUUCUCCUUCAUCUGCACCAUCCCUCCAGUGCUGGGCUGGAACAGUUACACUACAAGCAAGAUCGGAACCACCUGUGAGCCUAACUGGUAUUCAACCAGCACGCUCGAUCACAGCUACAUCAUCGUUUUCUUCAUCACCUGUUUCAUUCUGCCUCUUGGAGUAAUAUUUUUCUGCUAUGGAAAGCUCCUGCAGAAGCUCAGGAAGGUAUCUCAUAGUCGUCUGGCUGGCGCCAAGAAGCCGGAGAGGCAGGUGACCCGUAUGGUGGUUGUGAUGAUUGUGGCCUACAUGGUGGGAUGGACGCCGUACGCAGCCUUCUCCAUACUGGUCACAAUUCAUCCAACCAUCGAACUUGACCCCGGGCUGGCUUCCAUCCCAGCCUUCUUUUCCAAGACUGCUGCUGUCUACAACCCAGUCAUCUAUGUCUUCAUGAAUAAACAGUUCAGGAAGUGCCUAAUCCAGCUCUUCGGCGGCAAGGUGACCAUCCCAGACAGCAACCUGAACCAGACCUCAGAGCGACCUGGAAUUACUCAAGAGAGUCAAACAGGAGAAAUGUCAGCCAUUGCGACCCGCAUACGCGUGAGUGGCUCUAUGUCACCCAGGUCUGAUGGUUCUCCAACUGAAUGUGGCUCGUUUGUCCACCUGCCCAUCCCAGAAAACAAAGUGUGUCCAAUGUAACGGUAAACUAAUCCCAAUAGGUGUUCUCUCACUAUUCUCUGACACCCAUAGUCCAUAAUAACCUUCUAUAAUCUAGAUGUAGUGUUACAGUUU